AUGCAAGAGGACUCUGUGUUUGAAGGAUACGUGGAGCAUGUCCUGAAUCCAGGUGCGUUCUGGUUGAGAACACAGAAACGCAACAAAGACUUUGAAGAGAUGAUGGAGAACAUGGCCAAGCACUUCAGCCAAGUGCAAUUGGAUGACGAAAUUCUGGAGAAUCCAGAGCCUGGAAAGAAUGAGGAUGGGACAGUCUUUUUCGAUCUGUUUGAUGGAGGCAUAAACAUCAAUGAGAAAGUCAAGGAGCUCAUUGCAAGUCAAAAACCAAAGGAGAAGAAAAGCAGUAGACCUGUGACUGGUCAUGAAGGACACAAAGAACAAACGAAGAACAAAAUUGGAAAAACUAAAGCAGGACAGCACCUGAAACCCACAUGCAAGGGCAACCAACAUCACCAACAUCAAAAUAAGAAGUCUUCAAAUGCUCAAAAAGCAAACUCACCAAAGUGUCCUGAUGCCCAGCAAGAUUGGAAAGAGCAAAGUGAAAGAAUCACUCCGUUCAAAUCUGAGGAAAGCACAGAAGGAAAAACAGUUCAACAUGUAGAAAGUUCCUCCAAACUCACAGAAACCGUUUGCUCCGUCCAAUUGCCAAAACUUUCACAACUACCCUCUAAUCCCAAAAUAAAAUCUGGAUUCCGAGGUCUGGGGUUUGUUUCCCAUAUCAAUACCGUCUACAGCUUUUUUAUCCAAAUGCAAGAUGAUGAACAAUCCAUUCUGAAAAUGAGAGAAGACCUCAACACUGAGCUGUUUAAAGAAACCAUGGGGAACAGCACAUUGGUGGACUUCAGAAUGAAUGACCUUGUUGCUGCUGAAUAUGAAGAGGAUGGUGCACUCUACCGUGCAGUUGUGACAGAUAAUGCGUCUAAUGACCAUUUCAAGGUGGAGUUUGUUGACUAUGGAAAUACAGCCACUGUGACUAAGGACAAAACGUACACUCUGACAAGUGUUUUUUUGUCGCAGCAUAGACUAAGCAUACCCUGUUCAUUGCUAAACAGUGGCUCUUAUAAAAGUGAUGCCUCUUUCACUGAUGCAGUAAUGGGAAAACCUCUCAUGGUUGAAAUUGUCAGUCGUUUUGGGACACAGUGGGAGGUUAAUGUUGAGAUCCAACAGGACAACCCAACACUUGACAAUGUGACUGAAAAGGAAGAGGUCCAAGCUUUGUGUGCAAGCCUAGUUGACACAGUUAAAAAGCAAACAAGAGUAACCAUCAAGGACAAUAGCCAGUCCAAUACACAUUCUGAGAGGGUUAUGUUCACUGCUCAAGGUGAAAAGGUCUUGCAGAAUGUGUCCCCAAGGCCCUCGCCAACUAGGCACAAACAUGACAUUUGCAAACAGCAGGACUCCAAUCAACUCCAAUCAACAACCUUUGGACCGUCUAUGGAGGCCGUGAAGGAUAUGGCCAUUCCAUCACAGGAUAUAAGAGCCGGACAGGCAGAGAGCGGGACACUGUUGUCCAUCUUGGAGAAUGGAGAUCUAUAUCUGAGACUCCACAGGACCACAGAACAAAGUGGGAUUCGAACCCACGCCUCCAGGGGAGACUGCGACCUGAACGCAGCGCCUUAG